GAAAUUGGAUCCACUAGCAUCAUUGACUCCCUUAAGCUCUUCCGCUCGUCCGCCCACCCCCGCAAAGCAUACUAUGGUUGAGCCCCGUUUAGGAAUUUCCAAAAACGGAAUAUUUUUCUCCGAGUCGGACAUCUAUCCUACAACGAGUUCUCCUUAAAGAAGUUGUUUGUUGUCAGUUGAUACACAUAAAGUGGGUUAAUUAUAAGUUAUUUAAAGAGUUAAAAAUGUUGUCAAUAAAAAGUAGCUUAUAAGUGUUCUUUAUCUAUUUCUAAAGAUUCCCCCUUUUUCUUUCAGCAAAUGAUUCUCAAUCUUUUUCUUGGUGCUGUAAUAGGUGUAGCUAGUCUUGUAGGAGCUGCCAAUGCAGUGAUCUCAGGCGCGGAUAAAAAACCCGUCGUGAUUGGUUACUAUCCAAACUGGAGUGAUCGGUUUACAGUAACCAAGAUUGAUUUUUCUAAGUUUACGCACAUUCACUAUGCAUUUGCUAUUAUGGCCAAUGGACCCGUUCCUGUUUGGGGGAACCCACAAAAGGCUAACGCCCAGUUGACAAAAUUGGUAACUAUGGCUCAUAAACAUAAGGUCAAAGUACUUCCCUCGAUCGGCGGAUGGACCGGAAGUAUCACAUUUAGCUCUACGGCAAAGAGUCAAAAGUCUAGAAAAGAAUUCAUAGACUGGAAUAUAAGCGUGAUGAAGAGGUAUAAAACCGACGGAAUUGAUAUUGACUGGGAGUACCCAGGUCGUCAAGGUGAAGGAUGUAACGAGGUCAAUGAAGAACAUGAUGUCAAAAACUUCCUUACGCUACUCAAGGAGCUUCGUCAAGCUAUGGAUGGAGAAUUUGGUGUGGGCAAAAAGGAGAUCUCGGCUGCAGUCUAUAUUCAUCCCUUCAAUUCAUCUGUACCUGAGAUGGCCAAGAUACUGGAUAGAGCCAAUAUCAUGACGUACGAUAUAAAUGGUCCAUGGAGUCUUCGGACAGGCGCUAAUGCUCCUCUGUAUGCGCCUCGUGGUCAAGACAGUGUGGACUCAUCUGUUAAUGCCUGGAUAGAGGCAGGUAUGCCCAGACAUAAGAUAGCAGUGGGCCUUGCCUUAUAUGGACGCUCAGCAAUUGCCAAAGUGAACAUGCUGAGAACAAAAAAGAUCAACCAGAACCAAGUCCAAGGCCAAAUAUCUCAAGGCGAUAAAACUGACGUGUUCUUCCAGAGCUCUUUUUGCCCCUUAAUCCCUGGAGGACUAUCGGGUACCUGGAGAUUUCAUAGCCUGCUGUCUCAACAUGUACUCAAGUCACCUCUGGAAGCAAAUAAGCCAUGGGCGCGCGUAUGGGAUGCUGUUACAUCAACUCCAUGGCUAUUUAACUCAAAGACAAAGAUAUUCAUUUCUUAUGAUGAUCCACGAUCACUUGCUUUAAAAACAUGUUAUGCUCUUCAAAAAAACUUGGCUGGUGUUAUGAUAUGGUCUAUCGAUCAAGAUAGCAAAGGGAAUGACUUGCUGAAUGCUAUUCACAACAGUAUCAAGACUACCAAUGCAUCAUGCUAAAUGCACACACACACCAUUGUUGUACCAAAAAAGAAAAGAAAAGCGUGUGCCUGUGUGCAUUGUUGUCCUUUAAUAAAAUGAACUUUUCUUUUUCUUUUUCUUUUUU